AUGGAGUUCUUAGUACCCAAAGGAGAUUAUAUUACGUAUUUUAAAAGGUCUUUAUUGCUAGUUUUAGUAUGUGUGAUAGUUCUUGUGUGCACUGAUCAGGACUACUAUAGUUUACUUGGAGUAUCCAAAGAAGCAACUAGUAGAGAAAUACGACAAGCAUUCAAAAAACUGGCAUUAAAGUUGCACCCUGAUAAAAACCAGAAUGAUCCAAAUGCACAUGAAAAUUUUUUGAAAAUAAAUAGAGCCUAUGAAGUACUUAAAGAUGAAGAUCUACGGAAGAAGUAUGAUAAAUACGGAGAGAAAGGUCUUGAAGAUCAGCAGCAAGGAGGUCGUUACGAAAGCUGGCACUUUUAUCGCUAUGAUUUUGGUAUUUACGAUGACGAUCCUGAAAUCAUAACAUUGGAUAGAGGGGAGUUUGAUGCUGCUGUUAACUCAGGAGAACUGUGGUUUGUGAAUUUUUAUUCUCCUCGAUGCUCCCACUGCCAUGAGUUAGCACCCACGUGGAGGGAGUUUGCUAAGGAGAUGGAUGGAGUAAUACGCAUUGGAGCUGUCAACUGUGGAGAUAACAGAAUGCUUUGUCGCAUUAAAGGGAUUAACAGUUAUCCCAGUCUCUACAUUUUCAAAACUGGAAUGCAACCAGUGAAAUAUUACGGUGACAGGUCAAAAGAGAGCUUAAAGAACUUUGCCAUGCAGUAUGUUACAAGCACAGUCACUGAGUUAUGGGCAGGAAACUUUGUUAAUGCCAUUGAAACUUCAUUUGCUUCUGGCGUUGGUUGGCUGAUCACCUUCUGUGCUGAACGUGGGGAUUGCUUGAGUUACCAAACACGCCUUAAGCUAGCUGGCAUGUUGGAGGGUCUUGUUAAUGUAGGCUGGAUGGACUGUGGCACCCAGGGUGAGCUUUGUGAUAAUUUGGAUAUCUCAUCUAGUACUACAGCAUACUUUCCGCCUGGAGCCACCAUAAAUAACAAAGAGAAAGGAGGUGUUUUGUUUCUUAACUCCUUGGAUGCCAGAGAAAUAUAUCAGGAAGUAAUGCAGCAUCUGCCAGACUUUGAAAUUAUCUCUGCAGCAUCGUUAGAGGACCGCCUGGCUCAUCACCGAUGGCUGCUUUUCUUCCAGUUUGGGGAGAGUGAUAAAUCAAAUGUACAGGAGUUUAAGAAACUUAAAUUUUUACUUAAAGAUGAACAUAUUCAGGUUGGCAAGUUUGACUGUCUUUCCUCACCAACCAUCUGCAACAAACUAUAUGUGUAUCAGCCUUGUUUGGCAGUCUUCAAAGGAAAAGGAACUGGAGAUUAUGAAAUUCAUCAUGGAAAGAAGAUCUUGUAUGAUAUUGUUGCAUUUGCCAAAGAAAGUGUCAACUCUCAUGUUAUCACACUGGGACCUCAGAAUUUUCCUGACAAAGAGAAGGAACCAUGGCUGGUGGAUUUCUUUGCACCGUGGUGUCCUCCUUGUCGAGCUUUGUUACCAGAGCUGAGAAAAGCAUCAAAACAUCUUUAUGGUCAGCUUAAAUUUGGAACACUCGACUGUACUGUCCAUGAAGGGCUUUGCAACAUGCAUAACAUUCGAGCUUAUCCAACCACAGUUGUGUUCAAUCAGUCUGAUGUUCAUGAAUAUGAAGGACAUCACUCUGCUGAGCAGAUCUUGGAGUUUAUAGAGGAUCUUAGGAAUCCAUCGGUGGUCUCCUUAACACCAGAGACAUUUGUUGAAUUAGUUCAGAGAAGAAAACGUGAGGAAAUCUGGAUGGUUGACUUCUACGCUCCAUGGUGUGGACCUUGUCAGGCUUUAAUGCCAGAAUGGAAAAAAAUGGCCAGGAUGUUAAAUGGAUUAAUCAGUGUAGGCAGUGUGGAUUGUCAAAAAUACUAUUCUUUCUGUCACAAAGAAAGUGUUCGGGGAUAUCCUGAGAUAAGACUCUUUCCUCAAAAAUCAAACACAGCUCAUCAAUAUUAUAGCUACAAUGGAUGGCACAGAGAUUCGUAUUCACUGAGAGGCUGGGCAUUGGGACACCUACCACAGGCGUCUGUAGAACUGACUCCUCAGAGUUUCACAGAAAAAGUUCUGAAUGGAAAAGAUCACUGGGUCAUUGAUUUUUAUGCUCCUUGGUGCGGACCUUGCCAAAAUUUUGCUCCUGAAUUUGAGAUCCUUGCAAGGACUGUUAAAGGCAAAGUAAAAGCUGGAAAAGUAGACUGCCAGAUGUAUGCUCAGACCUGUCAAACUGCUGAUAUCAGAGCCUACCCUACUGUGAAGUUUUACCCCUACCAAGGAACAAAGAAAAAUGUUCUUGGCGAAUAUAUAGACAGCAGAGAUGCAAAAGGUAUUGCUGACCUUUUGAAUGAAAAAUUAGAAGCAAUUCAAAAUAAAGGAAAAAGAAAAAAAUCCAGAAAUAAGGAUGAACUCUAAGUGGUACUGGAGGUAGAUACAAUUCAAAACAUUCUGAAGCUGUGAAUAUAGAAGACACCACAAGGAAAAUAUAAGGCUGAUUACAUUCAUGACAGGACAAGAGAGAUGAAAACUGAGUUCACAGGCAUAUGUGACUGUAUGAAUUCUGUUUAAACUGUGGGGAGAUAAAAGCAUUUUGGUUUUGGUGGAGGAAUUCAGUGUUUCUGCAAGUCCCUCUUCUGAUAUACCAACUACCUUCUUCCUAGUCAAACAUUGCAGUUGACCAGAAAUGUGGACUGUAGCACUUUUGCCUACCCAUUUACUAGUUCCUUAUAUUUUUCUGUCUCUUUUCAAACACUUUUUGAAUGUGGCACUCAGCCUAUGGCUGAAAAUGCACUCAAAGCACUCUGCAAUGCAGAAACACGAUGAGGGAUUGUCUAUUUGAAAGACAAACAGUUUUACCUGAUGAUUACUCUGCUUUGGCGUUGCAUUAUUGUCUAGUCA